UUCUUGCAGCUCAACGUGCGAAAACUAUAUAGCCGCAACAAAGCAAUUUUGGUACGUGUAUAUAUAUAUAUAUAUAUAUAAUCAUAAGGAGUGCAGAACUUCAACGUUUUUUUUUUAUAAUUCAUCUUCAAUCGCAAGAACAACAACAUGAAAAGGAAUUGCAAUCUUGAACUUCGCCUGUUCUCUCUUACGGCGGAUUCCGAUUCCGAUUCCGACCAGCACCAAUCACCGGAAGUGUCCAGUAGAAUCACUCGACGCGAACAACUACAGCAGCAGCAGCAACAGCUUACAAUUUCGUCCAUUAAUGGAAGGGUCGGCGUUUCUCAUGUUUCAGAGCUUCAGGGCAGAGCAAUAAUAUCGCUGGCAACAAGAGAAAUUGGGGAAAGAGUGAAAACUAACCUAAUUAGAUGCAAUGAGACUAGUGUUUCUUCAGCAAACAAUCUUUCAAUGAAGAUUUCGCUGCAACGAUUCCUCCAGAAGCGAAAGUGCCGGAUCCAAGCUACUUCCCCCUAUCAUCGCCCGAGUCAAUAGCGCCAUUAACAGAUCUUUCUCUUAGCAGAUCUUUCAAUGAGAGGAUUGUUGAACAUUUAAUUAGUGAAACUGAUUUUAGGGACAGUUUUUAACUUCAUCUUAGAGAUGCAAAAGGAGUUGAGUCGGACUUCAUUGUUAAAGAAAUCUGUCAAAGCUCUAACUCAUUUUGCAAGAGCUCUAAACAACUUUUUUGACUAACGUCAUUCUCCUUCUUCUCCAGUUGAUUUUCUGCU